CCUGCAAGUGCAAGCCAAGCAAAGCAAAGAGCUGUCAGGCAACUCGUGUCCAUCGCCGGUCGGCCUGCCUAGUCCAUUUUUGCGCUAGCAGCGCGUACUGCUCAUGCUCAGGGUGCAGCCAUUUCAGUGAGCUAAAACAAGGCGCGCAGAGCUCAAUCCUCGACCUGCAGCCAAUAUCAGUCAUCCAUGGUCUUGUGCGGCAACGCGACGCUGCCGAUGCGCUUCGCUGGGCCCUCGAACCUCACGCCGGAGAUGUACGGCAAGGCGUCGCAGACGGCGCACACCGUUCUGGGAAUAGCGCUCGCAUGCAUAUGCGUCGUCUGGGGGGCGUUCAUUGUCUUGCCCGAGCGCUUCGGCAAGAAGCAGUGCUACGCCGCCGCGGGCGCGCUCUCGGCUGCAGCAGGACUCUACCUCAUCGCCUGGGUCCAGCUCCUCAGCACGCCGGACUUCGCGCGGCGAGACUUGGUCCAGCGCCAGCACACCGCGAUCGGCCGCUGCUUGCUCGCCGCGGGCCUCCAGGAGCUCCUGUUUGCGCGGGCGCGCCCAGGCGAGCGCCUGGCGAGGACCCACGACGCGUGGUUCGCCAACCUGGCCGUCGUCGCUUUGGUGUUCGUGGGCCACCCACAACGGGCGUCGAGAGCCGUCGUCGCGCACGUCGCGAUCGGCUGCUGCUUGUUGACAGGAGCCUACCUCCUCGCGUCGGAGAAGAAGGCGGACUUCCGGCAGAGCUCGCUCGACGCCGUCUACGCGGGCGCGGCGGUCGCGCUCGCGGCCGUCGUGCUCGUGGCCUACCGCGAACCCGCGGAGGGCGGCGCGGUGCACCGCGGCGUCGAGCCGACGUGCAUGCCUGGGGCCUACCUCGCCUAUCUAGCGAACGCGGUCGCUUUCGUCACGGCGGCCUGGCUGCUGGUGUCUUACGUGCUGGACGCGCGGGGCCGCCGCGCCCCGCGCUACGAGCUGGCGUCGAUGACGGAAGGUGGCUGCCCGCCGGCCCCCGACGCCGUACCGAAGCGCUACGAGCCGUCGCCGCGCGCGGGCGGCGCGCCGCCGGCGCCGGACGCUGACGACGGAACGGGGCACGACUUGGACUUCAAAGCCGAUCUGGCGGCGCUGAACCGCAAGCUCGCAUUGAUGAAGCUGCCGACGCUGCCGUACCUGCCUCCCACUCUUGAGAGUCAUGCGGAGCUGAACGAGGGCCUACGGCGCGUGGUCGCGCGCGGCGGGCGGUUCGCGCGGUUCGCCUCGGCGCUGCUGGACCGCCAGUCUCGCCGAAGGCGGUGGAAGAGGCCCGCUCUGCUCGGCACCUGUCCUAGCGUUGAGGCGGUCGACUUUACCUCGCAAAGCGUGGGCGCGCCGUCGGCGCCGGACGCCGACGACGGCACGGGCGCGCCGGCUGCGGCUGACGAGCCCCCGACGCCGCCGCCGUCACCACCUACAACACGGGAGGUGCGCCUCGUCGCCAUCACGAGCGGCGGCCCGCGGAAGCACGCCUUACUCGCGGCGUUUGAAAGACGACCGACCGUCUGGGACGCGGCGAUCUCGCGCAAGGCUUUUGGGGAUGGAACACCGGGGCCGGUCGCGGGCUUCAUUCUGGAAUUCGUCGAGGCCGUGCCCGGCGAGGCCUGCCGCACGCGCAAGCGCACGGAGCAGCAUUGUGGCGACGUGUUGGAUGAUCUGCGGCUCGACGACGCGCAACGGGAGGAGUUCGGGCGCUGCGCGGGGCUGGCGCGACCGGCGAAUCGGAGGGUGCUCGGGUGCUUGCUGGCGAAUCUGCGGGCGAUGCGCGUGGUCCAAGAACGACGAGAUGCCUUAAUCGUCGAGGACAACGUCAGACCAUUAUUGGAGGGCGCUUCGCAAAGCGUCCUGAAAGUUUUGGACGACGCCUGUGAUUUACUCUAUCUGGGCCAUCUCGCACACGCGGACACGCUACAACGCAUCCCGCGAGGAUUGAGCGACGCCCCUGAACUAACGACGGACGGACAGAAUCAUGAGCUCUGGGGCACCUACGCCUACCGGCCCUCUUUGGUACUCUAUCAGAAGAUCCUCGCAUAUAUCAGAGACGGCUUCCCCAAGUCCUUAUUCCAUUGUAGAAGGCGGGACUGCGACGUCGUCCCGAUCGACAAGCUCAUGCAGCGCGUCGCGCGGAAGGCGAACUUACCAAUCAAGUGCCUCGCGCCGCCGGCCUUCUACCGCAUGCCUCCUGUAUUACCGUCGAAGAUUCAUAGGAAAUGGGACGCGGGGUACGAGGAGGCGUCGCGCGGGCAGCUCGCGUUGUAUGGCCUGGCCUGGCGCGACGUCUGGCUGACGCCGGCGGAGCGCGAGAUCGUCGAGCCGGAGGAGCAUUUCAUUAAUGAUGUCCUCGCGGACAACGCGGCCUUCGACGCGGAGACGCGGGCCAAACCGUUCGUGCCGGCGGACCAGGCCGCCGCGCUGCUGGAAAUAUUUGAUGACGACGCGGUGUGUGCCGUCGUGCGGGCGAAGCUUGGGCCGCGCUUCGAGGCCUGCGCGGCGACGGUCGAGGCCUGGCGGUCGCGCGACGACCUGGGCGUGUCGAUCCGGAAGGUCGUCGACGAUCUGGCCGCGGACCACCUGCGGCCCGACGGCAUGCUCGAGCGCCUCCGCGGCGGCGUCGACGCGGCUAGUUAUGGGGUCGCGACGCUGCUUUCGAAUCUAUCUUAA